CACAGUCACCGUCACCAUCAUCAUCAUUAUUAUCAUCAUCACCAUCAUCAUCAUCAGUAUCAUCAUCAUUAUCAUCAUUAGUAUCAUCAUCAUUUUCAUUAACAUCAUCAUCAUCUUUACCGGAAAUUACGUCAUCCUAUAUAAUUUCAACCCUCCAAAGUGUAGUACUUGAAGCGGUUACAUCAUCAUUGUCAAUUAGGCCUACUUUCUCAUCUUCAGUUGCCACUUCUUCCAACGCGUUACCGAGUCCGAUACAUAGUUCUUCGUUCGAUCUCUAUUCAUCAUCCAGCAUAAAUAUCAGAACGACGCCUUUAACUAUUCGUUGGCCCCAAGAAACGUCAUCUCUCAUAAAUUUCCCCUUACAAUCCACCUAUGUUGUGAAUGAUUCUUCAGGUAUAGUAUACUGUAUACAAUAUUGGCCUGACUGUUUUAAUCUUAUGUUAAGUAUUAGGAUUCAUAAUAUUAAUAUUAAUAAUAAUAAUAAUAAUAAUAAUAACAAUAAUAAUAACAAUAAUAAUAAUAUUAAUAAUAAUAAUAAUCAUAAUAAUAAUAAUUAAAAUUACCUACUGACGUUAUCAUUAUAAUGUUAUUACAAACAGUAAAUUCCACUAAAGCAUCCCGUGAAUGGUGCCCACAAGAUGUUUUAAAUGGUGUCACCUGGUAUCCUACAUUAGCUGGAGUAGUGGUCUCAAUGGCGUGUCCCAACUCUACAGACUACAUGUAUCUAACUCGUUCCUGCAUUUCUGUUCAAUCCACGGGUAUGUGGAUAGAUUCCAAUUUCACCAGUUGCGAACCAUCUACAAAACCGCCGAUUGACCAAGAGCAAUGGCUCCUAAUUAUAACGUACAUUUGUGCAAGUAUUGCAAUAGUUCUUCUACUUGUGGCUGUACUCGUGUUGAUAUCACUAAGGUUUCUAGAAACUUCGACAGUGGUUGUGCGCUGUUGCUUAGCACUUUCUAUGAUAGGUACUGUCAUUUUCUUCAUUAUUACAUUCCAAACAGAAAAGCAUAAUACAAUUUGCCGUUUAGCUGUCGUUGGUUUUCAAUAUUGGGUAAACUCUCAGUUUCUUUGGAUACUACUGGAGACUAUGAGACUGUACAUUGGGGCAACUUCACUUAAGAAUGCCGUUCGCACCUGGGUUUACCAUUUUACAGGAUGGGUUUUGCCUCUUGUUCUCGUUCUUAUUUGUGCUGUAUUGUAUUUUGAAGAGUAUGCGGCAUUAGUAAGAUGUUUCAAAAGGUGGCAUAUAUUUCUUUGUUUUCUGGGACCAGUUGUGGUGCUUAUAAUGAUUGUUCUUUUGUUUCUGACAUUUCUUCAAACAAAUGAAGUUUUAUUGAUGAAUCGUAAAAGCAAAUUUGCCAAAAGACCAAGAGGUUCAUUAAGGAAUGAGCUGGGAGGGACAUGUAUAUUGUUCGUGUUGCUGAGUUCCUGUUGGAUAACAGCUCUUAUUGCCGUUAGAUUUGAUAGCCAAACUCUGCAGCAAGCGUUUGCAAUUCUGCUUCUUCUGGAGGCAAUAACUUUCGUUUUAAUUUAUAUCGUAUUCAACGAAGCCGUGAAGAACGCAUUACAGCCGCAACCUGCCCAACCCACCGUAGUUGAAAUGAAGUGCGAAACACGUAACAGUCGCCACUGCUCUGAUCAUUUCCUAACAUUUAACACGUCGUCAACACAUAACUAUAGCCGGACAGCUUCUACGGGACGCCGAUUUAGUCAAAGUGAUACAAUUCCUUCGACAAAUUUCGGUUCACAUAAUAGAUUCGGGCUAAACUUUCGUAGAAACUCUGUUGGUUCAUCAACUGCAUGUACAGGUGACUCGUCAAACACUUCGACGAGUGUGACAACUUGUGAUGAUAGCAUCAGUACGUGGCAGGCUCGAUAUAGUGGCAGUGUUGGUUCACGACCUCGUGGUAGUGGUGGUGGUGGUGGUGGUGGUAGUGGGGGUGUUGGUGGUGGUAGUGGUGGUGGUGGCUACACAGGAUCUAGUGCAACUGAGAGUUUACAUGGCAGGAAUCAGAGUGAUAACAAACGCUCAAGUAAAAUUAGUCGCCGCAAGUCACGCAAUACAGUAUUAGAACACAAGAUUCUGCAACAUGUUCGACUACAAGAAACUUCAUCGCCCAGAAAAAGAGUGAGCAGACGCAGCAAGAAGAGAUGUCCACUCCCUAGCGAUACAAGUUCCUCCAGCUCCACAAACAGUCUUAAAAUAUUGUCUACGUCACUGAAGUUGAAGCCUAAUCCGUUUAACGCUGCAAAAGUCUCGCCUUCAAUAGAUGAAAGUACUGUCGACGCUUUUCAGCCUUCGGUGACGCGACGCUUGUCCUGGUCAAAGACAGCAGACGACACGCAGUUUAUACCACAAAUUAGUCUUCACGGUGGUGGCGAUGGUGUUCUACAAUGUGAACAGCCACUAUCAGCAAAACCUCCAAUACAACCUAGGCUAAAGCCGUUCGCAGUUAGUAAUGCUGAUGUAAAUUCGACAAGUAGGCCUACCGACGCUGGAAACCGGGUAAAGCAAAAACAGCGAACCGAUUCCACUAUUCGGAUUUCUAUGCUGUCGCCACUAGAAAUAUCCCCAAACUAGCUUCUUGGACUGUGAUUUGUCAAUUUAUUGAUUACCUCAGCCCCACCAAUAUUCACAGAUUAAUGAAUGAGUAAUCGUAAAAUUUAGUGGAAUGGCAUAUAAUAAUGUAAGAGAAUAAAUUUGGGAAGAAAAAGUCAAAGGACAAGGUCAAGGAAAUUCGAUUUUUUUACCCUCGUGGACAAAAGAAAAAUAAUGGAAUCACCCACAACCAACCUGCGUAUUGUUCGGUAUCCAGGCACAGGGCGGAGCUAUGCACUUUAUGGAGUGACUGCUCUAGUUAUAACUGUGUACAUACUUCUGCAAUGUUGAUAUCAUCAGGAUUACACGUUUCCUAUGUUGCACUUUAUAUAGGCGGAAACCAGUCUACAGUGAUAUUUUAAACUUUCUAAUUCAUCAAAGUACAAGCAAUAUCUAGUUGAAAACAAGAGCGAAGGUUAUAAAAGCAAAUCAAAAUGGGAAAAACCACAAUUACAUUCUGCAAUUCCGUCUUGAAACUUUUAAUCAUGGAUGUUGUUCCAAUAUAGAGUGAUGCACGGGUUAAAAUAGACACUGGAUUUUGGUUCCAUUAAGCCGGGCACUCACUGUGCAGGUCAGCCGUCGGCCGACAAUUUUCCAAUGGAAGAAGCAACGCUGCGACCGUGCGCGCCCAGCGGAUCGUUUUUAAUGACAAAACAUGACGAUUCGUUCAGACUGUCACCGGCAAUCAGCAGGUGGGGGUGUCGCGUCUUUUAACGCUCACAGGGCGCGGAGCUGGAUUCGUCGGCCGACGGGCAUACGGCGUCGUACGACGCAGUGAGUGCCCGGCUUUGCUUAUAAUUUCCGAUGGCCGGGAAGUGUUGAAUGUUUAGAUGUAUUUAGGCUGUAUAUUUGUGCUUCAAUUUGUUAAUGUUAAAUAAGCUUGUUUUUUUGUCGUCCCUGUUCUAAGGUCAGGGAUGGCGCCGGCGGGAUUGGGGUGGACGGGGAGAAAAAUUACAAUUUGUCUGGGAGAAAAAAUAGUAUUUUAUACAUAUUAUUAGACUUUGAAAUCGAUUAAAUACCGUAAGCCUUUAAAACAUGCAUUGCCAUAUUUUUCGGGGUAUUCACCCCCAAGAUCACUUUCGAAAGACUUUUAACGACGCCCAACCACGCCCGCUUUGCCCUUGUCGGGUGCAUCGGCACUCGUAGGUUACAUCGAGCUUACCGUCGGACAAAUCUUGGCGCCACCUCUGUCUAAGGUGGGUCCAUCGAGUUGUUGAACUUGUAAAGUAUCAGGUGUCUUACGAUAAUUACCAACGAAACGACAACUUCUGGUGGCUCGACCCUGUAUGUAUAUAUGUAUG